UGUUUCCACACUACGCAUGAUCUUCCUCGGCCACAGACUGCAGGUGGAUCACUUCCCAGGCUGCUGAACACAGAGCUGCUCCCAAGCUGACUUAAGCUUACCAGAUCAAAGUCGCCAAACACGGAAGUCAACUAACUGGACAACUGACCGAUCAGCUGACUGGGGCUGUGGAUCAUCUGUUUGGUGAGUGUAAACCUUCAACGACAGAACUGUUUACUAAGCGGGUCCACUGAAGGAGCCCUAAAUGGAUUUAGUCGGGGACAAUCAUGAACAACGAGGAUGGACACGUGGCAUUGCAAAUCGAGGAGAAGAGAGUGUCUUGAAGGAAAAGCGAACCCGACAUGGCGGGUCUACGUGUGGCUGUGGUCGGCUCCGGAGUUGCAGGUCUGGCGUCUGUGAAGUCCUGCCUGGAAGAAGGACUGGAGCCUGUUUGUUUUGAACAGCACAAUGAUAUUGGGGGAACAUUCUACGCCACGGAAGACUUCAGGCCAGGCCAGGGUGCCAGGGCGUACGAUUCACUUAUACUCAACACGAACAAGGGAAUCACCUGCUUCAGUGACUUCCCAUUUCCCGAGGAUGCUCCGCCAUUCCCAACAGGACAAGAUAUGUAUCAGUAUCUCAAAAGCUACGCGGCGAAUUUUGGGCUUGAGAAAUACAUUCAGUUCAAUACAAAGGUGCAUAAUAUAACGAGAAGCAGCAAUUAUGAAACCACCGGAAGUUGGGACAUUGAAACGGAAUUAAAUGGCGACCGGAAGUGGACCACAUUCGCUGCGGUGUUAGUCUGCACUGGUGUUUACUCAAAGGCUUAUACUCCCAACAUAGAAGGUGUUGAGAAGUUUGCAGGAACUGUGGAGCAUUCUCAGACAUUCAAAUCAGGGUCCAAAUAUCGGAACCAGAGGAUACUUGUUGUUGGCAAUGCCCACUCGGCCGGAGACGUAGCCACCGACGUCAGUAGAUACGCUCAGCAAGUCUAUUUAUCUGUUGGGAAAGGAACAUGGAUACUCAAUCGUUGUCAAGGGGGUGGUGUUCCCGUGGACUUCAUGCUGAGGCGAAUUUUCACGUUGAUACCACUUCCGGAAUCUGUUUUUGGCAAGGCAAUCGUCAGCAAAGCUAACGCAAGACUUGACCAUGUUAAAUACAAACUGCACUCAGGGAUACCCGUCCCUCUUGGCGCUGUCAUGAUUAAUGAUGAAAUUCAAAUGAGGAUUGUCUGUGGCAAGGUUAGGAUCGCAGGAAAUCUCGCGAGACUUGGGACGAGACACGCGGAGUUCGAUGAUGGGACAACAGUCUCGGACCUUGAUGGUGUGAUAUUUGCAACAGGACUGCAACGGAGUGUUCCAUUUCUCGACCCUGUCGUAGGAGCAAGUGAGGAGAAACUGGAAUGGUACAAGAUGGUGUUCCCUGUUCAUCUUUCACAUGAUACGAUGGCCAUGAUUGGCUUUCUCCGAACUCAUGGAUCUCUGGUACCAAUAGCCGAGCUUCAAGCGCGACUGGCGGCAAGAGUUGUCUCCAAGAAACACAAACUUCCAACCAAAACUGUGAUGCUCAAAGAUAUUGACAAAUGGAAUAAAAGCUUUCUACGAAUAUAUGGAAAAUACAGAUACUCGUUUCCAAAUAUCCAGAUAAGGGACGAAAUAGCUGCAGAGCUAGGGGUAAAGCCAUCUUUGUUGGAACUGUUGAGACUGGGACCAACCGUUGCAUUCCAGUAUUACCUUGGCCCAGCUUUCAACGUUCAUCAUCGUCUCACUGGACCCGGAGCUUGGGACGGAGCCAUCCGAGCAUGCGCAAAGGCACAACAUGGCGCCUAUGCAAAUCAGCUACGGAAAGUGCAGGAGAUUAAAACGAAUAAUUAUUUUCUGCGAGCGCUAUUACUUUUACCUGUUUUGUUUGGAAUAUAUUUGUUAUUUGUUAUGUAGGGAACAUCCAUGUUUCCGCUUGACAUGCAAGUAUUUGCCGCCGAGAUCUUGCUAUUUCUUCAAAGAGAGACAGUGUGUGUAUGUAUGUCCUCAUAGUAUUUUGCCUGGAGGUUCUGACUUUGCUUCCAGGAGAGACACUACGUGUUUGACCAGUCAAAGAGAGACAGUAUUUGUACAGAAUUUACAAAUCCAACUAUUCAUUUGAUACUAUAUGCCCCCAACCAAGACCAAGAUGAAUGUGCUUGCCAGAACAGCCUUCAACGUGAUCUGAUCACUCUUUAGAGGGCUAGCUGAUCAUUGGUAUUUUUAUGUUGACAUUAUCAUUGUGACGGAAACAUUUGGAGCCAGAGUCCAGUGACGCUAAGGUUUAAAGUAAGGAAAGAUAUAUUACAUAAAAUAAGUCAGGACAAAUGGAUGAUUUAAAGAAACCAGAGAACUGAAAACUUAAAAUCAAAAGUAAACGGCUAAAUAUUUCAGCCGAAAAUAAAUGUUGUUGAGAAAAGAAACGGGAAAAUUGAAGACCGGAACCGGAAGACAGUGGUUGGUUUGGUAACACCGAACUCAGCCAUAUUCCAGCUGUAUGGCGGCGGUCUCUCAAUAAUCGAGGCUGGUCAAGACAAUCCAGUGAUCAACAUCAUGAACAUCAAUCUACGUAAUUGGGAUGUGAUGACGUGUCAACCAAGUCACCGAACCUGACCACCCAAUCCCGUUAGACGCCUCUUAUGACAAGCAAGGUUGCCGAAGACCAAUUCUAUAACCCGGAUCUCCACGGGUCUUUGAGAAAGUGAUGGAGGCUGUGAUAAACGAUGUAACAGUGCAAUAGGACAUGCUUUUAUAUGCAGGGAUUAAAUUAUAUAUACAUCAUAAAAUAAUUAAAGAGAGAUACAGCCGUGUGAUGACGAGAGGUGUUCGCGAAGCCACGUGAUCAACAAUUUAAAGAGCAAUCUCCCUCCAUGAAAUUAAAUAAAGCCAUAUCGAAACCUCAAAAGUUCCUGUCCCGAUGUUAACUGAAAGGAGGUUGGAUUGUUGUUUUACGCCGCACUCAGCAAUAUUCCAGCUAUAUGGCAGAAGUAUGUAAAUAAUCGAGUCUGGACCAGACAAUCAAGUGAGCAACAUGCAUCAUGAGCAUUAUCUACGCAAUUGGGAUACGAUAAUACCUGUCAACCAAGUCAGCGAGCCGGAUCACCGGAUCCGGUUAGUCGCCUCUUACGACAAGCAUGGGUUACUGAAUAUCAACUCUUUCAAUAUUCACGGGUCAUGUUGCUUUGUGCUCGAUGAGUGAGUGAGUGAGUGAGUAUGGUUUUACGCCGAUUUCAGAAAUAUCACGGCUGGGGACACGAGAAGUGGGUUGAAGCGUUGGCUCGUCACGGAGAAGGCCCGGGUACGAUUCCCCACAUGGGUACAAUGUUUGAAGCUCAUUUCAGGUGUCCUCCGCCGUGAUAUUGCUGGAAUAUUGCUAAAAGCGGCGUAAAACUAAACUAACUCCACCCUUGUUAUGUGGCGUUUGAUAGAAAGAACACGUGUCACUUGUCUAUCCCGUAGCAAUCCUAUUAUUGAUCUUUUUGAGAGUGAUAUUGUAAUUAGUGACAAAAUCAAUUGUCAUAGAAAUAUGUAUGUCUAAUAUUUGACACACAUGUUACACACGACAGGAUAGGUUUCAAUGAAUGCUGAAUAAAACUCGAAAACUUCA